CGGCCGCAAAAUACGUGCGCUUUAUCAAAUAAAUUGACACUGAUUUCGUGAUCCCUUGGCCCGUUUCAUUCGAUCGCGGACCCUGCCUAAAGGCGGCUCGAAAACCGUUUUAAAAAAGUCGACAAAAGUACCCGUCAUAAUGUCAACCUCGCGUCGACAUCGGCUGUCAACCAGAAAAUCGUUCAGAUCGAAACCGGUCAAGCAAAAUUUCGAAGAGAAAAUGGACGAGGAGGAAAACCAGUUUGUUGUGGACGAUGUGAUGAAGAUCGGUAAGGAGGUUAUCGAAUCGGUACUCACCGGAACCGUGUACCAUCAAGAGAAGGUGAACCAGUGGAGUGCCGCCAUAUCGGAGCAAUGUCUCAACGCGCUGAGCAAGAUGAAGAAGAACUUCAAGUAUGUUGUCACUUGCUCCAUAAUGCAGAAAUCAGGGGCCGGUCUGCACACGGCUAGCUCGUGUUACUGGGACAGCGCCACCGACGGUACUUGUACUGUGCGAUGGGAGAACAAGAGCGUGUACUGUGUAGUGACCGUGUUCGGACUAGCGAUCUGA